UAUACGCUGAAAAUCUCUCUCGUUAUAGUUCUUCAGCAGCUUUUCUUCAUGGAAAACAAAUUAGUGUUUUCUUUUCUGUUAAAAGUUUGAAUUUCAGUUAGAUUUCCCUUUUGUUUUCUUUCCUUAAUUAUUGUAAAGAGAUGGAUUUUCAUGGCAUGAAGAGAAAAGAACUGCAGGCGUUGUGUAAAAAGCAUGGCGUCCCUGCAAAUCUCACUAACCGUGAAAUGGUGGAUCGUUUGACUUCCAUUUUUAAGGAAAAUGAAGAUCCUGUUUCGUUAGAAGAGUCCAGCAGUAUUCCAGAAGAAAUAUGUAGUGAAAAUGAAGCUAAGAUUGUCAAAAAGCAGUUAAAGAAAGUCAGGUUUAGUUCUGACAAUGAAACCAUUGAGUACGAGGUUUCUGUCUAUCAGCAGCGUAGAGGAAGGUCUAGGAGGCAAACGUUGUCCAAGAAUCCUGCCCAGGUGCUUGAAAAUGUUCCAGAUAGUGAAGAUUCCAGAAACUCUGAGGGCUGCCAAGUUAGAGUCACAAGGUCUAGAGUGCAAAAUGCGGUUGAAGAAGUUGUACAUUUGGCACCUUCGCCUCCUGUUGGGAGAAAGAGAGGUAGAGUAGGCAAGAAGGGUAAAGAUGCUGAAGAGGUGGUCAGUGAUUCUGAGGGUUUAGAAUUGGGUCAGAAAGAAGAUGUCAAGAAUGGUCAUGAUAAAGUUACUGGUGGGUUAAGAGGGAGGCAGUUACGAAGUAGGAAGAACGUGAGUCAGGAAGAUUCAAAGAAGAUAAGGGACGGCAAAGGAGGUGACGAGGUACAUUUGUUGGAUGACAAUUCUGAAGCCAAAAAUGGUCCAAAGCAGCAAUCAACCAGGACUUCUAGAAAAGGAGAUCAGUCUGUGGCAUUCGGCAGUGAAGUGGAAAAGGUUGAAGUUGUUUCUAGGGUGACACGGCAGUCAAGCGCACAAUCCAAAGAUGUAGCUUCUAUGGUUGAAAAGGAGGUUAAAAUAGUUGGGGUAAAGGAAGGCUAUGAAGCAGAGAAACCUGUAAGACGAUCAAAACGUAAUUCGGAGAAAGACUUUGCUACAUCAGUGAAAAGUGAUACACAGGUGACAGAGGUUCGGGAGCACUCUGAAAAGGAUAAUGCACUCGUGGAACCUCCAGAAUGUUCAAGGAGAUAUUCUUCCAGGCGAAAAGCUGUUGUAUCUCAGAGUGGUAAGGGGGGAAAUAAGGAAGAAUUCUUGAAAGAAGAGACCAGAAAACGAAGCAGGAGUGCUGAAUUGGAGGCAAUUGUUGAAGAGAGUAGUGAGGUUGAGAAGGUCAAGUGUGUCGUUACUUCACAACAAGAAGCCCCCUCGAGGAGGAGCAGACGCAAGACUGUGGCUCUUACCGCUCUAGCUUCCGAUUUGGCAUCGGUUGGAGGAAAGGGCUCGACUGAAGAAUUGGAUGCAAUUGUUGAAGACAGUAGUGAGGUUGAGAGGGCCAAGUAUGCAGCUACUUCACAACAAGAAGCCCCCUCGAGGAGGAGCAGACGCAAGACUGUGGUUCUUACUGCUCCAGCUGCCGAUUUGGCCAAUAAGGUAGAUAUUGGUAGAACGGAGCAGUUAGAGGCACCGGUUGUAGGGAAAGGCACGACUGAAGAACUGGAUGCAAUUGUUGAAGAUAGUAGUGAGGUCGAGAGGGCCAAGUAUGCAGCUACUUCACAACAAGAAGCCCCCUCGAGGAAGGGCAGACGCAAAACUGUGGUUCUAACUGCUCCAGCUGCCGAUUUGGCCAAUAAGGAAGAUAUUGGUAGAACGGAGCAGUUAGAGGCACCGGUUGUAGGGAAAGGCACGACUGAAGAAUUGGAUGCAAUUGUUGAAGAUAGUAGUGAGGUCGAGAGGACCAAGUAUGCAGCUACUUCACAACAAGAAGCCCCCUCGAGGAGGGGCAGACGCAAAACUGUGGUUCUUACUGCUCCAGCUGCCGAUUUGGCCAAUAAGGAAGAUAUUGGUAGAACGGAGCAGUUAGAGGCACCGCUUGUAGGAAAAGGCACGACUGAAGAACUGGAUGCGAUUGUGGAAGAUAGUAGUGAGGUUGAGAGGGCCAAGGCACAACAAGAAGCCCCCUCGAGGAGGAACAGACGCAAGACUGUGAUUCUUACUGCUCCAGCUGCAGAUUUAGCAAAUAAGGAAGAUAUUGGUAGUACGGAGCAGUUGAAGGCACCGCUUCAAGGAAAAGGCACAACUGAAGAAGUGGAUGCAAUUGUACAAGAUAGGAGUGAGGUUGAGAGGGCCAAGUCUGCCAUUACUUCACAACACCAAUCCCCCUUGAGGAAGAAUAGACGCAAGACUGUAAUUCUCACUGCUCCAGCUGCCGAGUUGCCAAUUAGGGAAGAUAUUAGUAGAAUGGAGCAGUUAAGAUCACCGCAUCUAGAGAAAGUCUCGACUGAAGAAAUACCACGAAAGUCCAGUCGAAAUUCUUCUCGACAUAGUAUACCUGGAACUUCAAAAGAAGACCAAUUUGCUGUUGCAGAAAAUGAUGACCAGGGAGUUAAGCAACAGACGCAAGAGCGUAAUCUGGAAGAAGAAAAGACUUCUGUUCUUAAGCAUCAUGCCGUAACACAGAAACCCCAAAGAAGCUCCAGUCUUAUUACUUCAGCAAGUGCCUCUGUUACACCUCCUAAUCAAACAGCCGAAGGCAUCGAGAAGAAGUUGCCAAGCAAGUCUGGAAUGGUGAUUGUAGAAGAGGAAGCUGCAAUUGUUGAGAGUCUUCCAUCUGCUGGAGAAUUGUCGGAAGAUUCAGGAAACAGAAAUAAUCUGGAUUUGGACGUUAGCAAACAGGUUGUCAAGAAUGGUGACGCAUGCUCUAAUUGGGUUAAAUCUUUACCGGUUGAAUUUGAAAGCAAUGUUAUCAACAUGGACUCAUCUGACGCAUCUCCUAUAGCUGGUCUUCCAUUUGGAGUGAAAAGGGAUCUUAUAGGUGCAACCUCCACCUUCCUUCACUCGGAGAAAGAAUUGACAGUGCUACCAGGUGGUGAAAACACUAAUAUUGAGAGUGAUGUGUCUGCUGAUGAUAGCAGAAUUCCAUUAGAAGAGGCUCAAAUCAUAGACAAAUUGAAGGCGGAUGUUAUUAAUCUGAAUAAAUUUGGUGAAAGUAGUGGUUGGAAGAGUGAACAAGAAGAUUGUGUAACAAAAGCUGAAGAAAUGAUUGCUACUGAUGUUUCAAAUGCAGAAGGGAUUCCAUACAUAGAGAGCUCGGUUGAGGCAGCUGAAAAUCAAGUGAGUAGUGCACAAUCUCAUUUUGCUACAGCAGAAACUGAUGCUCAUAAGAUAUUUGAUAUCCAGCAGAGUAGAUAUAGCAACAUUGUUGCCCCAGGAACUCCAAGCGGACCUGCACCAGGAAACCAAUUUGAAGAUAAGUGCCAGGCUGAAGCUGCUGACACUGCAGGAAAAGAGAUGUCUUACCAAGAAAGGAGUGAAGAUCCAGAUGCAGGAAAUGAACCCUGUGUUCAUGAAUCUGUAUUAAUGUAUGAGGAGAAUAAUGAAUUGGUGAAAAAUGAUGAAGAGAUAAGGAUACAUGAUGGUUCCUUUGAAAGCAAUUCUUCUCCGUCCUUGAAUAGAACUGGUGCUGUUGAUAACUCUAACUUGGUUGAAUCUAGAAUGGUUGAUUUUGAAAGCAGUGGUAGCAAAAUGGUUUGUCCUGAGAUAACUUCUCUAGCUGAUAUUUUUUCUUCUGGUGGCCAAGAAGAUCAUGCUGGCAAACCCUCUCGUAUUGAACUGGAGAAUGUAUUGGAGACACAAGAACUUUCUGAAAACAUGAAUAUAAAUUAUAAUAUGGAUGCUGAAGGAAUCAGAACUCCAGUUGCGGAGGAUCAGAUAAAAGGGAAAUUAGAAAAUGCCAAUACGAUUAUUGCUGACUCGGUUGAGGAGGUAAUUUUCAGUGAUCUCCUGAAUGAACUUGGUCAAAGUAUUGGUUUGAAGAGUGAAUCAGAAAUUCCUUUGGAGAUGUCUGAACAACUGAGUGCUACUAAGUUUUCUAAUGGUCAAGGAAUUAUACUCAUUGAGAGUUCUGUGAAGACAGAAAAGCAAGAACAUAGAGCUCAUAUUGAUGUUGUUGCUUCAAUAACCGGGACACCAAGUACUACAGAAAUGAAGUGUAGAUCAAGUAGUGACAAUGCUACUCACGGAACUCCAGUUGGACUUGCACCACAAAGCCAAGAUAAAUUAUGCAGUGCUGGGAAUACUGUCAGCAUUGUAGGAAGUGAUAUAUUCAAUCAUGAUGUGGAGAGUGGUUUGAUGGAGGAUGAUAAGGAGAAACUGCUCCAGGAUGAUACCAUUGAGGGUGAAAUAAAAAAUCAACUUUUUAUGUCCUUGAAUAAAACAGGUUCUCUUGAUGAUGCCUGUGUUGAAGUUGCAAGCAAUGCUAACAAAAUGGUUUCUUCUGGGAUGACCUAUAUUGCUGAUGUUUACUCUUCAGCCAAUCAAACAAAUUUUGCAGGUGAAACUUCAAAUGAGUUGAAACCGGAGAAAUUAUUGGAUUUAGAAGAACCAUCGAGGAUUGAAACUGUUAACUACACAACUGACAAAUUUGAAGUUAAAGAGGACACUAGUCUUUCACAAGAGGAUCAGGGUUCAAUGCACUUAGAGGAUACUGACAUAACUACUGCUGAACCAGUUCAGCAGGUAGUUUCCUUGAAGAAUGAAGAAGAAACAGGUACUGAUUCUUCCGGAAUAGGAAUGAUACAAACUGAAAAUUCAGUUGAGAUUAAUGAAAUGAGUGAAGCCGUUAGUCAAAAAGCAAUAACAGAAAGGCAAUGGAGCUUAAGCAAUCUUGAUAAAGAUUUGAUAAGUCCUCCAAGACCUCAAGAAGGCAGCCAAGACGUCAAAGGUAAACCUGAUGUGAGCAAUGCAGGACACGCGAUUCGUGGUCAGCUAAACCAUGAAGGUGUGAAAAUAGUUGAAAACGAAGAGGCAAUAAAUACUGAAACGGAGUUUCAGUUUGUCAGUGCAAAAAAGAUUAUUGACCAGAGUUCUGAAGGAGAAUUUAGGGCAAAUGGUGUUUAUGAUCCAAUUUCAGAAAGUAUAGACAGUGAAACACAUGAGAAACAUUUAUGUGAAGCUUUCUAUGGGGAAAGAACUGGUCCUGUUUCAUCAGAAGAAAAGCGCAACGAUAUAUUGAAUAGUGCUUCUAAAGGUAUUUCUGAAAAGAAAUCGCCCUUCAACAGCUGUCUGCCUGUCACCGAUGACAUGCAAGAAAAUUCUGAGGCAGCUUGCAUGGAUAAUAAGAAAAUGAGGGAUGAAAUUCCAGCAAAUAUUUUUCAACAACCGGCUGCUACCAUGGAAGAAAGUGAGGCUGCGAAGCAAGGUGCCGAAAGUGAAGUCAAUGCUAUAGCGUUUAGUAAUGGCAGUCAAGCUUUGCCACCACAGGAAUUGACUGCACCUAUUACUUCAGAAUCUUUUUCAAUGACUCCUCUUGAUCAUUCGCUGGUGGAUGGAGAGAGGAUUGCUAAUGGUGAAAGAGUUAUGGAUCUUCCUUUCGUUAAAGACUUUGCUGCUAUCAUGGAUGGCAAUGGAAUCAGUGCGAGAGGAGAAACAGAUGCUGUACAGGAAAAUAAUAUCGUGGAGGAGAUGGCAACAUCCGCACUGAAAGUUGAGCUUACUGACUGCAGUGGUGGUAAUGUGGAUGCAGAGUUGUAUGACACAAAUAUGAGUGACACAGAAACAAUAAUUCAGGAAACUGAUACUUUUGGGGUUGCAAGUACCGAAUUCCUGGAAGAGAUGUCAAAUGCGCCUUCUGCUAUGGGUUCUGAUAACUCUCGUGAUCUUGAUGAUCCAAGUGAUAAGGUUGGACUUGAGCGUGAUUGUAGCUUUUCCUCUGGAGUAGAUGGUUUUACGUCAACUGCUGGCAUAAUUGUGGAUAACAUUUCAGUGCUUGGCACAUUGGAGAGCACUUUAAAGAGUAACGAUCUUCAAUCUGCAAUAGAAGUUGAUGAUCCUAACAUAAGUGCGGCAAAACAAUUAGAUGCUACCGUCACCAUUGAAGAAGCAGGGGUCGGCGAUGGUGAAAAAGCAUAUGUUUCUCAUCUGGGAUCUUUACAUGGUGGUGAACAGGAAGAUGUCUCAUCAUUUGCUGAUACACCUUGUAGCAAGCUUGAAAUUAGAACUGCAGAAAAAGAACAUUCACAAGCUAUGGAUGACAUCAAUAAUGUUGGGGGAACUGAAAUCUCUACUGAAUGCAAAGUUACAAGGGAGGAAAGAGAUUGGUGCCAUAUAAACGCCGCAGGUUUUAAUGAUGUAACUGAUGGUUCCUUUGUAGAAGGGAGCAAGAUAGAUCUUGAAGAAAUUGCUGAAGUAAAGUCGGAUGAUUGUGAAAGUUCCAUGAAAACAGACGCAGCCCUGGAUAGCAUUGAUGGUUUAGAUGUGAAUCAGUCUCCAUGUUUGGACGAAAGGAAGAGUUGUGACCUAGAGACUGAAGAACCGCAUGGCUUGCAUUUUCCUGGAAACAUAGCUGGUGACUCCAUGGAAGUUGAAACUAAAAGCUGCAGUAAACUGGACAUUAUGACUUUAGUGAAACCUGAGAUGGUUGUAGAUUGCUCUUCCGUUUCCUCAGUAUGUGUUGUUUCUGAUGAACGGAAACACCUUGAGAAUUCCGAUGAAUCGAACAUCUUUACCUGCAUGGAGAUGAGUUUGUUUCUUGGGGUUGAGGAUGGAGUUAAAACACCAGUCGCAAUGGCCGGUGACAGUAAAUAUGAUAAUUUGGACAAGGCCAUCCCAGAAUGCAAUUCAAGUGACUUUGAAGAGGGUGAUUAUGAUACGAGAAGAGAUGUUGAUGACACAAAUUUCUCAGUGGAAAAGGAUGGUCCUGAAGAUACUGAGGAAACGAUGGAGUUGAGGAACGACUUCUAUGGGCAGGAUGCAAUAAUUGCAGUUAAAUCUCCCCUUUCAAAGAAUUCGGAAAUUAGCAGAGAAAGUAAAUACCUAGCGAAUCCUGAUGAACCGAAUAUCUUUACCAACGUGGAGAUGAGUUUGUUUCUUGGGGUUGAAUAUGAAGUUAAAAGAUCAGAUGCAAAUGCCGGUGACGGUAAUGAUGUUGCUUUAGACAAGGCCAUCACGGAAUGCAAUUCAAGUGACACUAAAGAGGGUGAUUUUGUUGCGAGAACAGAUGUUGAGGACACAAAUUUCUCAGUAAAAAAUGAUAGUCCUGAAGAUACUGAAGGAACAGUGGAGUUGAGCAAAGACUUCUCGGGGCAGGAUGCAGCAAUGGCAGAUAAAUCUUCCCUUUCAAAGCAUUCAGAAAUUAGCAGAGAAUGUGAAGACCUAGCGGAUCCUGAUGAAUCAAAUAUCUUUACCAACAUGGAAAUGAGUUUGUUUCUUGGGGUUGAAGAUGAAGUUAAAAAUUCGGAUGCAAAGGCUGGUGAAAGUAAUGAUGUUACUUUGGACAAGGCCAUCCCAGAAUGCAAUUCAAGUGACUUUGAAGAGGGUGAUCAUGCUACGAGAACAGAUGUUGACACAACUUUUGCAGUGAAAGAGGAUGGUCCUGAAGAAACAAUGGAGUUGAGGAACGACUUCUAUGGGCAAGAUGCAGCCAUUGCAGAACGUAAGGACCUAGCGAAUCCCGAUGAAUCAAACAUCUUUACCAACACGGAGAUGAGUUUGUUUUGGGGGGUUGAAGAUGAAGUUAAAAAUUCAGAUGUGAAGGCUGGUGAGAGUAACGAUGUUACUUUGGACAAAGCCAUCUCAGAAUGCAAUGCAAGCGACUUUAAAGAGGGUAAUCAUGUUGAGGACGCAAAUUCCUCAGUUAUUAAGGAUGGUCCUGAAGAUAAUGAAGCAACAAUUGAGUUGAGGAAAGACAUCUUGGUGGAAGGUGCAGCAGUGGCAGAUAAAUCUCCCCUUCCAAAGACUUCAGAAAUCAGAAGAGCUGUGGACGGUGAAGAAGCAGCCUUCAGAACCGAACUAAAAUUGCUAAACGCGAGUGCCAAAAAGGAGAGCAACAGCGUGUCUGUUAAGCAAUUGAUUUCGUCCAUAAUGAAAAGCAAGAGCAAGCCUGUUUUAACUCAAAGAACACCAAAGCGACCAAUAUUCCAUGACAUGAAGGAGAACGAGGGCAGCACCAAAAGGGCGCGAAUCGGCAACUUGACUACACCCAAAAUAUCAUCCAAGCUGAGGAGGCCGCUUGAGCGUAUCUUAGACUGAACUGAUUCUUUAGGAUUGUUUUGUUGGAAGAGUAACAAUAGGCACAUAGUCACGCACUUCGCUAUUAAAAUAUGAGCAUAUCUCAUGCAUUAUUUGAUUUGUAAAAGUCUAUGUUUGUGCACAUUUGAUUUGGUUGUAUUUGUUCAUCAUUCGAUGAAACUUGCAAUGAUACAUUGAUACCCCCUAAAUUAAAUUUCUGUUGUAUUA